AUGUGUAAUCUACCAUUUCAAUUCCUCCAUAUUCGGCUAACGCAAACCUGUCUCCCGCCAAAAGUACUCAAUUCCACCUACUCCGAGUCCGAAAAUUAUUCAGCUUCUUCCUUAACGUCAAGUGCCUUCAAUGAUAUAGCCGUGAUCUUAAUCAAUUCAAUAACGAUUGUUGAUCUACCUGAUCCUUUCCGUGCAACAUUUAGUUUCAGGUAUUUCAACUCGCUGCAGAGUGAAUGCUUUUCUGCUUGCUUCCACUCUGACAUCAACAUGGUUAUUUCAGCACCAACUGGAAGUGGGAAGACGGUGCUUUUUGAGUUAUGCAUCUUACGACUUCUAUCUAAGUUCAUUACCCAAGAAGGAAGAUUUAUUCAUACGAAGGGAACCCUAAAAACAAUAUAUAUAUCCCCAUCCAAAGCUUUGGUACAAGAGAAGUUCAGGAGUUGGAAUCAGAAGCUUGGGUCAUGGGGGAUAAAUUGCUUGGAGCUGACUGGGGAUAAUGAAUCUUACAAUAUAAAGAGCAUACAAGAGGCAGAUAUCGUAUUGACUACUCCUGAGAAGUUUGAUGCAGUGACUAGAUUUGGCAUCAAAGAUGGUGGCCUAAGUUUUUUUAGCGAUAUAUCACUAGUACUUAUUGAUGAAGUUCAUUUGUUAAAUGAUCCUCGUGGAGCAGCUUUAGAGGCAAUUGUUAGUAGAAUCAAAAUGAUUAGUCGAAGUCCUCAAAUGGAAACAAGUCCAUUGGCCCAUGUGCGUUUCCUAGCUGUUUCUGCAACAAUUCCCAAUAUUGAUGACCUUGCUGAAUGGCUUAUGGUUCCUAUCCAAGGAAUCAAAAGGUUUGGUGAGGAAAUGAGACCUGUAAAGCUGACUACUAAAGUUUUUGGCUACACCCCAGCCAAAAAUGACUUCCUUUUUGAGAAGCGGCUUCAAAACUACAUCUUUGAUCUCCUUAUGCAAUAUUCUAGUGGAAAAUCUGCACUGGUAUUUUGCUCUACAAGAAAAGGGGCACAAGAAGCAGCACAAAGGCUGGCCCAGACUGUUAUGACCCAUGGAUAUUCAAACCCAUUCAUCAAAAGCAUGGAUCAGCAAGAAAGGUUGAGGGAAGCUUCACUCUCAUGUGGUGACAAACAAAUGCAAUCUUACAUCCUUUAUGGUGUUGGUUAUCACAAUGGUGGACUUUCCCCAAAGGAUCGCAGUCUGAUUGAAGGUCUCUUUCUCAAUGGUGAUCUUCGAGUUCUAUGCACCACAAACACCCUUGCCCAUGGAAUUAACCUACCAGCACAUACAGUUAUAAUCAAAUCAACACAACACUUCAACAAGGAGAAAGGAACUUACAUGGAAUAUGAUCGAUCAAUGAUACUUCAGAUGUGUGGGAGGGCAGGGCGCCCACCAUUUGAUGAUACUGGAAUGGUCAUAAUCAUGACAAGAAGAGAAACGGUCCAUUUAUACGAGAACCUACUAGGUGGAUGUGAAUUGGUUGAGUCUCAAUUACUUUCCUGUGUUACUGAACAUCUAGUUGCAGAGGUGGUUCAGUUGACUGUUCCAGAUAUAACAAGGGCAAUAGAAUGGAUCAAAUGCUCAUAUUUGUAUGUGAGAAUGAAAAAGAACCCUCAAAACUAUGCAAUAAAGAAAGAAUUAUCUGGUAUCUAUAUAGAGAAGCAUAUACAAGAGGUCUGUGUUCAAAAAGUCAAAGAGUUAUCAGACUACCAAAUGAUCUUGACUGAGGAAGAUGGUUUUAUCUUGAAGCCUCUUGAACCUGGAAGGUUGAUGACAAAGUAUUAUUUGAAAUUUGACACGAUGAAACACAUUAUGAAAGCUCCUGCAAAUUGCAGCAUAGAAGAUGCACUUAAUAUUGUUUGUCGUGCAGAGGAAAUAUCCUGGAUACAAUUAAGGAGGAAUGAGAAGAAGCUUCUGAAUGACAUAAAUAAUGAUAAAGAUGGUAGGCUUCGGUUUCAUGUUCUUGGAGAUAAAGGGAAGAAGAAAAAACGCAUACAAACCAGAGAAGAGAAGCUAUUUAUUUUGGUAAAUGAUUGUUUGACUGGAGAUCCUACAGUCCAUGAUUUAUCUCUUACCCAGGAUACGAACUCCGUUUGUUCAAAUGGGUGUCGGAUUGCAAAAUGCAUGAAAGAGUAUUUUAUAUAUAAAAAGAAUUACAAAGGAGCUUUGAAUUCAAGCCUUUUAGCAAAAUCUUUACAUCAAAAACUCUGGGAAGACAGUCCAUAUCUUCUGAAACAAUUACCAGGCAUUGGUAUGGUGACAGCAAAGGCCUUACAAUCUAUGGGAGUAAAGUCAUUUGAGACCCUUUCUGAAGCAGACCCAAGGAAAAUAGAGAUGGUUACUGGUAGAAAGUUCCCAUUUGGAAACCACAUUAAGGAAUCAUUGUUGUCACUUCCACCAAAAGUAGAUAUGAAAGUUGAGGAGAUGACAUGUCCAAAUUAUGGAAAGUCAAAACUGGUUAUGACAUUAACCAGAUUGUCAGAGUCACCACAAACAAAUAAACGACAUUAUGCUGAUGUGGUUGUUGCUACAGAGGAGGAUAACUUGAUAGUUUUCCAUGAGAAAAUAAGAGUGGAAGAAUUCACAAGCCCAUACAGUGCAACAAUACUAGUUACAAGCCAUUUGCAAGGGAAGCUAACUGUUAAGGCAGAUCUAAUCUUCGAAGAAUUCAUUGGUAUUGACCUACACCAAAAGGUUAUACUAAUGAAGGAUAUUAGCUCAAAUAUCUAUCAUAAACAUGGAACAAAAAAACUCUCAUUGCCUCCAUCAACUGAUGUCUGCAUAAUUGACCCCGAAAACAAUUAUUCACCCAAAGUCCCAGCUGGCAGGUCUCAGAAGUCGUUAAAAUCCAAAAACGAAGAAGCUUCCAUACCCAGUUUCAAACUCUUGGAUGAAGAUUCAGAUGAAGGUGAGCCUGUUGUUGAGAUUGAGAAUAAUAAUGAUGAUGAUGAUUGCAAAAUCAUUAAUGAGAGAACUGUUUUCGAUCACAUACGUGAAAAGGCCAAAAGCUUACCUUCCUUUACAACCACACCAACUACUGAAUGCCCUCCAUCUCUAGAGACAUUAAGUCUCAUCAGAAAGCGUACACGCGAGCGACACCUGGCACUCAAUGACACUUCAGAAUUUUCAGCCAAUCCAUGUGAAGAAGAAUUUCAAUCAAGUGAGCCAAACAGAAACAGUAAAAACAACACACUAACUGGAGAGACGAUAUUUGAUCAUAUAAGAAAGAAAGCCAAAAGCUUCCCUCGAGUUGAUGAAAUCAAGACAUUGACCACUAAGUCAACCGUUACUAAUUUUGACUUAUUCGCAGAUACAAAGUCAAUCGUUUUGGAUUUGGAACCUAUGAAACACCGAGAGGACCAUCGUAAGUCUCCAAGUCUAGCAAACAGACAAUUAUGCUCAUUGGCAACAGAAACCGAAAAGAGACAGAAAUGGUCCUUGAGUUUCACAAAAAUACAGAAAUGGUCUUUGCAUUCCACAAAAUUUCAGAAGUGGUCCCUUCCUAAUAGCAGAAUUGCAGAAAUGUGUUGGUCGAUUGGGUCUGAAAAGAUGUUUGAAGAGAUGUUUGUGGUCAUGGAGGCACGUAUGGACUUGGAUCGUUUGAAACUUCAUGUAGGUGGAGACAGAGGAUGUGAAUCGUUUGUUCCUUAA